CGCGCAGCGCGGCGGUCCCAACAUGGCGGCCGCCAGGCCCCCGCGGCCCGCGUACCCCGAGCCCGCGGCCGCGCAGCUGCUCGGCGUCCUGUGGCUCGCAGCCGUCGCCUCGGGCCCCUGGGGGGUGGCGGCCGGGUCCGAGGAGGCGCCGCGGUGCGAGGACCUCCGUGUGGGGCAAUAUAUUUGUAAAGAUCCAGAAAUAAAUGAUGCUACGCAAGAACCAGUUAACUGUACAAACUACACCGCUCAUGCUCCGUGUUUCCCAGCACCCAAUAUAACAUGUAAGGAUCUCAGAGGCAAUGAAACUCAUUUUACUGGCCAAGAAGUUGGUUUUCUCAAGCCCACACCUUGCCGAAAUGUAAACGGCUACUCAUACAAAGUGGCGGUCGCGCUGUCUCUUUUUCUUGGAUGGCUAGGAGCAGAUCGAUUUUACCUCGGGUACCCUGCUUUGGCAAAGCACACCCAGGAAGUGCAGGCCCUGGCCGAAAACGCCAGCCUCUCCCAAGCCUUUCCUCCACCCUCUGCUGCUGCCUGCCCAUCAUGGACAGCGUUGCUCCGAGUGGAGGCGGGCCCCUCCGUGUGCCCGGCUCAGCCUCUUGCGCGCUUGCUGUCCUCGACAGUCCUAGGAGAGCGACUCACAGGUUUGUUAAAGUUUUGCACUGUAGGAUUUUGUGGAAUUGGGAGCCUAAUUGAUUUUAUUCUUAUUUCAAUGCAGAUUGUGGGGCCUUCCGAUGGAAGUAGCUACAUCAUAGAUUACUACGGGACCAGGCUGAUAAGACUGACCAUCACUAAUGAAACCUUUCGGAAAACACAGCUGUACCCAUGAAGACUGGCGGAGGGAAACAGUAAGUGAUGUGUGUCUCACCCUCGUUAUCCUCUGGCCCCACAGUAUCCACUCUUAACGACCUACCUGGCUAAUGACGUGGGGCUCGGACAGAGGUGCAGCCUGGACUUAGGAGUGUCUCCUUUCUCGUACCGUUUGUGGGGCCUCAGUGUCUCGGUCUGUGCCAUGACCGGGUCGAUACAGCCCGGGCUUCUGCUCAUUGUGCUGCACUGCGGGCUUGUGUUCCGUGAUGCAGCACAGUCCUGCACAGUCCAGCACAGCCAAUGUCCUGCGUGCGGAGGACAUUAUGCAGAUGACAGCAGCCAUCGGGCGGGAGUUUCCUGUGACUGAAGGUGCCUGUGCUGAAGGUUGUGUAUGCCCUGUGUACAGCUCCUCAAUUAGCGACCAGUUCCUGUCGAGAGCUGGUUGUGGGAAGGGAGUUCCAUCAUUAAACGAGGGCGUCUCCCUCAUGGACAGUCAGGAGCACUGCAGAGAUGCAGAAACCAGAAGAGAAUCUUGUGUGCUUGUCAGGAAGCCCCGGCCUCGCCUGCCCGAGUGCCCAAGUCCCCGGGAAAGGGUUUUUGGGGUGCAGACUCUGCAGUGAAUGUGGCACAAGGACCAAGUUUGCAGGAAACAAUGCCCUGGAGUUGGGGUAGGCAGGCAGCUGUGUGUGAGGGCUGUCAGGAGUGUGGGGCCCUCGGUGGUUCGGGACCACAGCCCUUUCCCGCCCAGGUCCAGUGUGGUCGUCAGCCCUUCUUUUCCUCUUCUCCAAACCUGGAAGCUGCCUCAGUCCGAAGCCUCACUACCCGGAAGCGCUGACUCUAACCUCAAGUUCGGCCUGCCCAGGCCUGUGAGAAUCGCGCCACAGCUUCAGCCCUGAGCAGCGGUAAACCUAUGCAGUGAGAUGCCGUGUCUUCCGUUCCCCGUCCUGGUUCUCUAGGGCUCUCCUGCUCCAAGAUUUUUCUUUCAGUUGCUCCCGAGUCAGUUCUCGAAAUGUUCCAAGAACGCAGGAUUUUGCCAGACUGCUGUCUGACGGAGAAGGCCUGUGUGUACAGCCCCUGGGAGCAGCAGUCGGCCUCGAGCUGGAGGAGCCCGGGCGGGUGUUCUGGCCCUCGGCUGAGGCGGGAGGGAAGAGACUGUGCCUGCCUUCUGUGUGGCCGGCCCUUACCGGGACACCUGGGACGGCCGCGCCUGUGGGGCAGGAGCUUUUCCCAGUGCAGCUGGCCCACGCUGCACGGUGACAGCCCUACGGGGCACGGGACUUAACUUGCGUCCAGCUGGAGGUCAAACAGCAGCAGGAGCCAUGGAGUCUCAAGUUGAAACAGCUUCAAGAUCCGCCUUUGAAAAGUUAAGCCGAAACAGAAAAAUUAAGCAGCUGCAGUUCGAAAAGCCAUUCCAUUCUCUGCAGGCACCAUGGGGACAUCGGAUGGCGUCCGAGGCGGGGCUGCCACGCCCGGUGUGCCCCCGAGCAGGAGGAGGCUUCUAGGGCUCAGGGACGUGUGACUGGGCCGGUGUGUCACACACUCACACCUACGCACACUGCGCCUGUGGUGUCCUCCUCGCCUUUUUAAAUAUUUUAACGUAAAUCUUUUUUCUGUUUUAGGAUUUGAGCCGCCUGGAUUUUAAUGUAUGUGGACUCACAGAUUCCCUUUUCCCUCUUCGCAUGUCACCUCACGGGUUCUGUGGGGUUUUUGUGUGUUUAUUUCUGGUUUGUUUAGUUAAAAGUGUGUCAUUCUUAGAUUUAUUUAAUUAAUAUGACUUUUUUCUUUAAAAGCCAUAUACCUGGGCGUGGUGGUGCAUGCCUGUGAUACCAGCACUCAGGAGGCAGAGGCAGGAGGAUCACUGUGAGUUCGAGGUCAGCCUGGACACAGUUCAGGGCCAGCCUGAACCACAUAGUGAGGCCCUGUCUCAAAAAAUUAAAUAUAUAAAAGCCGUAUAAUAGUCUUUCUCUUAAAAGGAUUGUCUUUUGAGGCUGCUGCCUCUGUGAGACAGAUGGCCGUUAACCCAGUGCUCUUCAGCGUUUUUACAAAGGCAGGUUGCCGUCUGUUGUUCCCCUUGUGAAGAAUAAAGUCGUGAUUUGCUGGUGUUUC